AUGGAAAAGUCCAUAAAGGAACAACAGCAAAUGCCAAACAAUGAAAUGUUGUCGGGGCAACCGUGUAGCGGGGAGUCACGCCAAAACGUAGAAAAUAGUAUUUCCCCAAUAACAACUAAUAGUGUGGAAACAGAUUUAAAGCUAACACAACUGAAAGAAGCAACAAAACCAACAACCUGUGUAAAAUCCAUUAUGGAGCCGUCUAUAUCUAAACCAAAUUUAACCAGCCAAAACAAACAACGGCCCAAAACUGCACUCAAUCAUAACUCAAGUGGCUCAAAAUCUUUUAGAAACCCACAAUCGGCUCGUUCACCAACCUCUACAAACUGGAAGUCACCUUUUAGCUCCUUUAUAACAACAGGAAUACGCUCACGUUUACAUCAUCCACAACAAUCAUCAGAAUUUGCCUAUGAUCUGUCCCGAGAUGAACUCAAAUUUGCUGGCCGAUUUCGAGGUCCCAUGAAACCGGCACCAGAUGCUGAACGCCAGUUGCUAAAGAAUGGUCAAAGAAGGGAAUAUUUAACCCAAAGAUAUGAGCAUUCUCCGGUGGUUAAAUACAAUUAUCCGGAGGCUACUUCCUGGCGAAUUGGUUGGCUGCAGCAGCAGCGGUAA